AUGCGAUUCACCCAGUUCACCAUCGCUGCCGUCAGCUGCCUUCUUGGGCUUACGACUGCCAUUCCUUUACCAAAAGACGUUGAAUCCCAAGCCGUUGGUGUUCGUGAGGAAACUGUUGAGACCACUGCCUGUGUUAAUACCAGCGAGAGGGACACCACAGAAGGCACGGGAGCUGUUGUUUGUGUCUUUUAG